ACAUACUCGAACGCACCCGAACGGUCCUCCCAUGAUACAUGAUCAUGAGGAUGCUCGAUCUCGGAGACCGUAUCUGAUGAGACUGACAACUUACUGACAAGCCAUGGACGCAGACGGCCUGCCCCUCGUAGGUCCCGGGGUUGACUACACUAAGGUUGAGGCAAUACACCAGAAGAGAACCCUGGCUUUUAUGAACCACUUUGUGAGCCACACUGCAAGCUUCUUGAACCGUUUUUCUUGUGUUUGUGAGGAGAAACUUGAUCACAUGUUGAGUCGACUGCAGCAGCUAGAAAUAACAAUGAAUAUUCUAGAAGCUAAGCUGACCUCCAUACCUGGGCUAGAGAAUGUUACUGCUCCAGCCAGUGGAGCACCACCACCAGAUGCCCAACAAGCUCCUCAGCCGACCAGCCCUGGUGCUCCACAGGCUGCAGGCAACCAGCAAGACGUCCCUUCACCACCAGAGGCCGAGGAAACUGCCCCACCCCCACCUGAAGAAGAGAAAACAGACAACCCAGUAUCUAAGGACCCUCGCUAUGCGAAGUACUUCAAGAUGCUGCAAGUGGGAGUGCCGGAAGCAGCAGUCAGACCAAAAAUGAAAAUGGAGGGGCUGGACCCGAACUUAUUGAGCACACCUGAUGCCCCAGCACCAGCCAUGUCUGCCCGUAAGAAAGAUGACAGCGACGAUGAUGAUGACGACUUUAGUGAUGAAAGUGAAAGUGAUAGUUUCAGUGAAUAAACAUUAGCAGCAUAUAUUGUGAUAAUUCAUUCUAAAGUCAUUCCAAGAUCGCAGUGUUUGUCAGUGUCUCUACUUAACACUGGUGACACAGCAGUGGUUGUUGAUGAAGAGACUCUUUAGUGUUUCUACCUACCACUGGAGACACAGCAGUGUUUGAUGAUGGAGAGACUCUUCAGUGUCUCUACCUACCACUGGGGACACAGCAGUGUUUGUUGAUGGCGAGACACCAGUGUCUCUACCUACCUCUAAAGACACAGCAGUGUUUCUCAGUGUCUCUACCUACCAUUGGAGACACAGCAGUGUUUGUUGAUGUAGAGACACCAGUGUCUCUACCUACCUCUAGCGACACAGCAGUGUUUGUCAGUGUCUCUACCUACCAUUGGAGACACAGCAGUGUUUGUUGAUGUAGAGACACCAGUGUCUCUA